AGCGCACUGCCAAGCUCAAGCGCGACCUUGCUCCAGAGCGGCAGAUCCACCACCUACGCACAUACUCCAUGGCGGCCUCAGUAGACUGCUCCUCCUUCUUGUUCUUCGACGCCGAGCCGGUCGGCGAGCCUGCCAUGCCCGCGCAAGACGCGUGCGCGCUGUGCAGCAAGCACCUCGCCCGCGACUGCGAUGUCUUCAUGUACAGAGGGGACACGCCCUUCUGCAGCGAGGACUGCCGCCACCACCAGAUGCGGCUCGACGACAGGCAGGCGGUCAGGGCAGCCGCCCGCAGGCAGAGGCAGUUCUCGUCGGCGACGGCGUCUGGGCGAGGGCACCGGGAGUCCAGGGAGGUGCCCGUCGCAAGCUAA